CUCCGCCAUAGCCCCGGAAGCCGCACCGGCGCCCCGCACCCUCAGGGGCUUCUGCGCAUGCUCUUUCCCCCGGCUCUCCGCGGGCGGCCGCGGGGGCCGACCACGCCCCGCUACGCGUGCGUCUGUUAGGCCACAUCAGCGCAAAUCUGUGGGCGCCUAGUAAUUGCCGGAGAAAAUGUCUCGUCUGACCAUGGUUAUAGUCUCCCUUUGGUAGGGACUGGACUCUAGGGAGAACGCUGUGAUCCAAAGGAAGGAGACAGAAGGUCUGUGCUUCCCACACAGCCGCUGACCAAGUCGCCUGUAACAAAAUUUCUACAGGCAUAUAGUGGGACAACCCAGGCGUCCCUGGAGUCAGCGAGGACCCUGCCAGCAGGCCUGGGGGCGGGGCCUGAGCCCGUCUCUCCAGCCGCCGGUCGGUGGAGGGGUCCUCGCUUCCUGCCGUCAGUUUCAGGUCCUUGCCACUGUCCUGUCUCCAGCAUGCCUGGUCCGACCCCCAGUGGGACUAACGUGGGAUCCUCUGGCCGCUCUCCCAGUAAAGCAGUGGCCGCCCGGGCGGCGGGCUCCACGGUCCGGCAGAGGAAAAAUGCCAGCUGUGGAACAAGGAGUGCAGGCCGCACGACCUCAGCAGGCACUGGGGGGAUGUGGCGAUUCUACACGGAAGAUUCACCUGGGCUCAAAGUUGGCCCUGUUCCAGUAUUGGUUAUGAGUCUUCUGUUCAUCGCUUCUGUAUUUAUGUUGCACAUUUGGGGCAAGUACACUCGUUCAUAGAUUCAGCUACAUCCAUCUGUCUGUCAUCUGAAGAAGAAGGAAAAAAACCCAACAUAUCUUGGACCAAAAGCAUAGUGAUUUUCUGUUCAUAAGAAAGAAAUUUUCUGUAAGCUUGCUGUUUUACAGGGAACUUAACAAGAAUUGAUUGUAAGGAAUCAAUUUUUUUCUGUGGCUAUAUAAACUUUUUAAUUCAUUUAUACCAAGGCUAAUUGCUGAUGCCUGACUGCUAGGGCCCUUACCUUAGUCUGUCUGCCUUUAGGUUUUCAAGUAAAUAUGUAGAAAACAUGUCUUGUGGAGAUUGUUUUCUUUGUUGGAUCGCCAGUUCCUCACGUGACCAUGUAAGACAUUCAAAUCCAAGAUACUGUAAUUGGUCUUGGCUUGUUUUCUUCUAGGUAUUUCACUCCUGGUGAUUAUCGUGUAGGGUGUUCUGCGGUUUUUAAGGAGUGUGCCUAUGACUCCAUCAGGCAGAUCUGUGUUCAGAGGCAUCUGGUACCCAGGGGAGUAGUCAUAGAAAUCAUAAACCAGAAAUCUUGGAUGAAAUGUUUGCUCAUCCUGUUCUUUGUCUCUAAAACCAUAGAUAAUAUUUUUGUCUCUUUUCUCUCCCUGUUCUUAAUUAUGUGAGUGUAGACCAGGAGUUUCCAUCUGUUUAUCACUUGUUGCUAAACCUUUUUUGAAAGAAUUCAUUUGAUAAAUUGGAUUUAUCAACUAAAAUUUUGUUUUCAUUUUGAAAAUUAAAGACCUUUCUAAUCAGAGUGAGAUACCAGCAUUUCUAAACUGAGUUGAUAUAAUUCCAACCAAAAAUAAAAAUUUUUGACGUUUCCCUUA